AUGAUUGAAGAUGAUCGUUCGAAGGACAUGUGUCCUAUCUGUAAGACAGACAGAUAUCUCUCACCGAAUAUGGUUUUCCUUAUCAAUCCUGAAUGCUAUCAUAAGAUCUGUGAAUCAUGUGUAGACAGAAUAUUCUCCUUGGGACCAGCACCUUGUCCAUAUCCCAAAUGCGGUAAAAUAUUGAGAAAGAAUAAAUUCAAAAGGCAGGUGUUUGAUGACUUGGUGAUAGAGAGAGAGAUCGACAUACGGAAAAGAGUAAACUCAAUUUACAAUAAGACCGAAGAAGAUUUUGAGCUGCUAGAAAGCUUCAAUUCGUAUCUAGAAGAUGUGGAAAACAUUGUUUUCAACUUAACUAAUAACGUAGACGUUGAACAAACAACAAAAGAUUUAAAUAAGUACGAAGAGGAGCAUAAGAUUGAGAUCCUUGAGAAGAAUAUGAGAGAAUCACAGAAGAAUGCCGACUUUGUAAAAUACCAAGAGUCUAUUGCCCAAUUAAAGCAUGAAAAGAUGAGAAUACAGCAGCAGAUGGAAUUGGAAGAUUUAGAGUACCAGAGGCAGCAGAAACAGGUACUUUUGGAUAAGCUAGCUUCGAACCCUGGUGGAUCAUCGGAAGAACUUAUUGCACAAUCAAACAGCAACAUUUUGAAACGUUCAUCCUUGAGAAAGAGACAGUUCCAGCAGUUAACUAACCAAUUGGAUCAACGAAUUCAAACCUCUAACCCAUUCAAAAGAGGCAGAAGUAGUGAGUCCGAUGAGGUCGGUUCAAGCACUCCAUUUACUCCAUUUAAAGGUGAUCGUGACCUUAACAAACGCUAUACACUCUUGGACACUGGUAAGACAGACGCUGACGUGAGUACUGGCACGUAUCACGAUCCAUACGUAUCUGGUUUGGCCAAGAAUAAGGAAUUUUUAGGUGCUGGUUGGAGAUUAGAAUUAGUAUUCGAGAGAGCGUUGGAUGAAGCAUUCAUGGGAAUGGGGUGCUUUAUUGAUAAGGAGAAGGAAUUGAAAGCUGAAGUGAAAUUGGAAGGAGGAGAUGGUAUUUCUGUUUAG